GCAGAGAAGGUUUAAAAACUGUUUGCUCAAAGCGUGAGGUACACAUUGACAAAAAUGGCUGCGCCCAUAAGUUCAUGAUUUUUUCAAUUUUUGGGUAGUGUAUUGCAUUUUUCAGGGUUCUAAAGAUGGUGAAGAAUUCAGAAUUAUAUGAAAAUAAGACCAUCUUAGCCCCAAUGGUCCGGGUUGGAACCUUACCUAUGAGGCUUUUGGCCGUGAAAUAUGGGGCUGAUUUAGUAUACUGUGAGGAAAUUAUUGACUUCAAAAUUCUAAAGUCUAAAAGAGUUGAAAAUGAUGCCCUAGGAACAACAGAUUUUGUUUUGAGUGAUGGCACUAUCAUCUUUAGAACACAUCCACAAGAAAAAGACAAGCUCAUUUUUCAGAUUGGAACUGCUGAUCCAAAGAGAGCUCUGAAAGCUGCCCAAAGAAUAGAAGACUUAGUUUCUGGUGUUGACAUCAAUAUGGGCUGUCCAAAAGAAUUCUCAAUUAAGGGAGGAAUGGGAGCUGCCUUACUUAGUCAACCAGAAAAGAUCAAAGAGAUUCUUACCACGCUGGUUAAUGGACUCUCUGUGCCUGUGACUUGUAAGAUCCGAAUUCUACCUGAGUUGGAGGAUACAUUGAAACUGGUCAAACUGAUUGAGAGCACUGGUGUAUCAGCCUUAGGGGUCCACGGUAGGACAAAGGAAGAGAGGCCUAGACAUCCUAAUCGUAACAACAUCAUCCAGACGAUCGCAGAAUCACUCUCCAUACCAGUCAUUGCCAAUGGUGGAUCUAAGGAGGUUAUAAAGGUGUACGAGGAUAUUGCCGUGUUUAAGCAGGCCACAGGUUGUUCCUCGGCAAUGAUUGCACGGGCCGCUGAGUGGAACCCAACCAUCUUCAGAGCAGAAGGCAAACUUCCAUUACUGGAUGUGGUCAAAGAAUAUGUUAAAGUAGCCAUAGAAUGGGACAACAACUGGGUGAACACUAAAUACUGUGUGCUCCAGAUGAUGCAUGACAACAUGCUGGACUAUCCAGAAGGGGAGUUAACUCAGGCAGCAAUGAGCAUGGAGGAUAUCAGUGAGAUAUGGGGGUUAAAAGAUUACUAUCUCCAAGUGAGGCAGAAGUUGUCCAAGAUAUCUGAGGGUGCUGAAUCGCAGGGAGAUAGAGUAUCCAUAGAAACAAAUGAAAAUGGGGGAUACAGGAUAUGUAUGCCACUUAGGUUUGAAAAGAAAGACUUCUCUUGUAAAAUUAGCCCUAAACUAAAGCUGUUUGAAUGGACCAGAAGCAAAGAACUCCCUAAGCCAACUUACAACACAACUGAAAAGAGUGAGGAUAGAACUUUUAACUGUGUGCUGCAGUUACACACCAAUGAGUUCACCACCCCAUACUGGGAGAAAUCGAAACAACUUGCAGAGCAAGCGUCCGCUGCUGUUGCUACCACAGUAUUGGACAUUGUGGAUGGUCGUGUGGAAGAACCCUCAGAGCAACUGGAGAAAUGUAGAGUUCAAUGGAUGCAACUCAAGUUUGAGAAAAAUAAAUUAAAAUUUGACAGUGGAAAUGAAGAAAAUUGUGUCAAGGGAGAAAACUCUGAAAAUUCUCAAGUGACCAAAAGAAAAUGUGAUAAUGACUGUGAUGAAAACUCUAAAAAACUUUGUCAGGUACAAGAUGAAAGCUAAAAUGGAAAGACAUGUAAUAGUUCUGGUAUAUAUAGCUAAUAAGUUAUUGUGGGCAUUUAUAAUACUAGGUUAUUUUCUGAAUACAUGUACUGGGUGAUGAUUCUGUGUGAUUUUAACUUUUGUGACUAUCAUUUCUAAAAAUAAAAACUAAGUAAAUUUUUUUUUCAAAAUCACAGUUUUAUUUGUAAAUUAUAAACUGUGUCUUCUAAAAGUACAAAACAUGUUUUCUGUCAACAUCAAUUAAAUGUACUUGUAUAAAAAAUUAGUGAGAUUGAAAUAAAUGUACAUACAAGUCCAUCCAUUCAUAGUUGUGAUAAAUUCUCUCUCUCUCUCUCUCUCUCUCUCUCUCUCUCUCUCUCUCUCCAUGAAACAAAAAAGAAUCCUAGUAAACAUUAAAUAAAAUUGCACAAUUUA